CCCUGUAUUUCGGAACCGAUACUCUUUCCCCUCUCAUGGCUGCUAGUAUUGCUGUUCUAAAAUCUAUAAAUACACGAAUGGAAUACUUGGGAGUCUAUGAAUCAUUUUUAUCAUCAUUAACACCCGACGAAAGAGUUCCUGUCGAUAAUUUGAAGCUAUCAACGUUACUGGGCAGCCCGUAUAUUACGGGGGAUUUUUAAAAUAUAAGACAUAUUUCCCUUUCAAAUCAACCCAUUCUCUUCUUUUAACUUCCGAAUCCAGAUCUAAGUGUAUUCAACAAGCUAAGAAAAUGCCUUCUAGUCGGGUUGCGCUCGCUGGUGCCACGGGAAACAUUGGAACUCCCGUUCUCGAAGCUCUCCUCAGCUCGGACUUCAACGUAACGGCCCUCUCACGUAUAGGUGGGAAUUCAUCCAAGUUGAAGCCCCACCCUAACCUCACCAUAAAAGAGGUCGACUUCAGCUCCGUUGAGUCCUUAACCCCCGCGUUAGUAGGAGUUCAAGUUGUUGUCUCUUGUGUGGCGACAUUGGCGAUGGGUGACCAAGAUCCCCCAAUCGACGCCGCCGCAGCGGCAGGUGUGAGGCGAUUCAUCCCAGCCGAGUUCGGCAUAGACUCUAUGAAUCCUCUAUGUAGGCAGCUCCCCAUCGUAGGCGUGUCUAAGGCAAAAACGCAGCAACGCCUCCGGGAGAAAUCCAGAUCCAAUCCCGGGUUUACCUACACUGCGAUUGCCAACGGCCUGUUUCUGGAUUGGUGCCUCGAGGAGAAGAUUAUCCUGAACAUACCUGAGCAUACUGCAACUCUAUAUAACGGCGGCGAUGUAAAGUUCAGUGCCUCGCUUCUCUCCGACAUCGCGAAAGCUGUUUUGGGUGUUAUUGCACAUCAGGACGAGACAGCAAGCCGCGUGGUCUACAUCCAGUCGGCACUUAUUACUCAAAACCAGCUAAUUCAGUAUGUUAAAGACAAGGAUGGGAAAGAAUGGAAUACGGUUGUUAAGGACACGGAAGAUCUCAGACAAGAAAGCUUAGCGGCGCUAGCUGAAGGUUCCAAGGGAGGCGUGGAGGCUGCAGCACUCGGGUUUUCCCUAUGUGGCAUGUUCAAUCCCGACUAUGGCUGUGAUUUCUCAAGUCACUUGGACAAUGAAUUGUUAGGCAUAAAGGAACUGAGUGAAUCUGAGCUGAGGAAGUUGGUAGAGAGCUUCUUGUAAGGUACCUACGUAGUAGUUUAAAGGGGACGAUGAGUAUUCGGCAAGAGAAAUUUCAACAGUGAAGCUUCUUAGAAAGUGUUUGCUCUUUGGCGAAGUGUAGAUACCGAGUAUUAGAUUCAUACUAAGAGAAAAUAAACAACGUGUGGGAAGAGAUGGUUGUCUUUACUUCUCUCCGUAGUCCG